GGCACAGGGGAGUCUGGAUGAGCAGCGCAGAGUCGCACACGCAUCUCACACUCAGCGAUACGCGACUCAGGAUGCAGCUCCUGAAAUUAACAGCGACUUCCCUCCUCCUCCUGUGCCUGAUUCCUCUGCCUGCAGUGCUGGCAGACAGCUGCGCACCCUACAUCGGUUCCGAUUGGCGUUACCACCCAAAACAAGAUUGUCUGCUGAGCUUUUGUGCAGGAGAAUGUCUACAAAGGUAUUGCAGUAUCUUCCCUGGGACCCAGCUUGACCAGUCCCAGAUUCUGUGCAUUAUAAACAAUUUUUGGAUGGUUCUUGGAUUCGGCAUCCUUGUAGGCCUCUCAAUCAUAGGUGGAAUUAUCUCUUGCCUCUGCAAAUGGUAUUGGCUUGUCUCCCAACGCUCCAGUCAUACCAACACCAAUGUGGCAGUGACCAAUGUCAUUCCCCAGCAGCCAGUGAUGCCCCUUACAGGAUACCAACCAGUUGCAACCCAGAAUAUGCAUGUUGGUUAUGCAGCUAAAAACCCGCCAGCUUACCCAGGGCAUGAAAAUCAAACUUUUAUGGAGUACUCUUAAAGUCCUGGUUUUGCCAGUUGCUUAAUAUGUUACCACUGAUUUGUCCAAAGGAUGAAGAAAAAGAGAUCCACUCUCUGAGUGCCAAGGGUUGCCUUGCAACCAUAUGAGUGCAUAUUAUGUUACAAGUUAUGCUUUAGAGACUUAGUAGCAUUCUGCAGUUUAGAAUUACAGAAAAAUUCUAUACUUUAUGUGUUUACUCUAAUAGACAUUCUGUGCCAUUCCUAGCCAAAAAACACCUUUAUUAUUUGUACUGUUUAUAAUAUUGUUCCAUUUGUUUUACCACAUUAGGGUUCACUGAUACAAUAUAAAGCAUUAUGUUCAUUUUCUUGCUGCAGGGAAAUAAACAUUUCGCAGCAUGCCAAAAUAAUUAUCUGUCCAUACACAAACUGACUUGCUACAUGGGGUAACACCAGGCCUGGACUGGGAUUCAAAAUAGACCUUGGCAUUUCAAGUACACAGAGGCUCAAACAGCCCCCCAUCAGGCCAGUAUAUAGUAACUGUCUAUGGUACCUUAUAGCAGGCCCUUUGGCAUUUGCCUGAAUCCACAGAUUGCCAGUCUGGGCCUGGGUCACACACUGUAUGGCCCCCAUCCUUUUGUUCUGACCAUUCAUGCAAAGAGCCUGAAUAACUGGAAAAGCAGAAAAUAAAAAGGACCUGCUGUUCCCCCUCACUUCCUCAUAUGUCGAUGCUCCAUGACCUGACCGCCAUAGUUCAUCAGCAGAUUAAAUUUUCAAAGGUGCCCUUUAACUGAACUGUCCAAUAUUCAUAGUGAAUGGACAUCAGUUGGGAUCAGCAAUUUUAUCUGUGCACGUAUGGCCCCCUUAAGUGUCGCUGUCACCUUUCACAGGAGCAAGAGAUGUUGUAUAUGUUCUUUGUAGCCUCAUGCUGAAGAUGCACAGCCGACCCAGAGUCUCUACAGCAGGGGUGGGCAAAUUAUGGCCUGCGGGCCAUGUCCGGCACGUUGGUCUUUUUAAUCUGGCCCGCGGAGGAUUGGUGUGUCUCGCUUGUCCCAACUCUGCAAGUCUCAUCACGCGAGAUGUGGGUCAAGGGUGCAUGUAAGCGCUGGCCCAACCCGUCUGUCAAAUUUUAAAAGUCAAUGUGGCCCCUGAGCCUAAAUGUUUGCCCACCCCUGCUCUACAGGAAGCAGCUGGAACUAGAGAAACACGGGCAACCUGUAGCCCCAGCUACAACACCCACAGCUGAAGCCUGCCAGGACAACUACUUCUGGGCCAGUUCAUCAUAAGAUCAAAAGGCAAAAAGGAAUCAAACAGCUCCAGGCAGCAUUUGAAAACUGCAGUGAAUUUAAUGGCAGUGUCAGCACUUUUUGCCUUUUGAUCUUAUGAUAUACUGUUGGGGUGGCUCACAGACACCUGGAAUCUGCAGCCGUAUACUACUGAUUAUUUGUGCUGAACUAUAACUCAAAAAAAACAUUUCUGGGCCAGUUUCCUUACUGAUAAAAAUAUUGGCUGUUACAUGUAACUCCCUGCAGUGUUUGUGGUGCACUUCCUUGCUUAUCUUGGAGUAUUGGGACUUUUCUGUUACAGAAGUAUUGUGUUUUGUUUUUAAUAAAAUUACUUUUUUUCAAA